AUAGAAGUUACAUUUAAAUAAUGUUUUAAAAUGUCACUUCCUCGUAUAUUAACUCCAGAUUUCUUUACACAGCUUACUGAUUCAAUACAGAAGGCUGGUGGAGCUGUACCGAAAGAACAGCAUGAAUCUCCUUCCUCUGUAAAGGUGCUGUGUAUACAGCAGUCUCCAGUAGGAGAAAAUAGGCAUCUAAUUGAAGUGCUGGAUGGUUCUGUACCGGUGAAAUACAAACACACAUGCCUCGCAAUUAUUCCUACAACGGCCGACGGAGAUAGCCAACUGGUAGGAAGAAUCAUUAGUUUUACAAAGUACAAUGUCAUCCCAACGAGGUCUCGUUAUCUUAUCUUACUCACCAAUAUUGCGAUCCUUCCUGGAGAUUACAGGCAUUUAACAUCUUAUUUGGGCACAAACCUAGUAUACCAUCCUAGUCUAACGGUAAAGCAACAGAAUGCGGAACCAGUGUCUAAGCCGGUUGAACAAGCCGGCGGUUUUCAGACAUCAAGUCAUGUUACAAAGCAACCCAUGGCCCAAAGUGGAAACACUACGUUAAGUAGUAUGCCUUCAAGUAAUACCAUUAACACUUCUACAUCGUAUGCACAGAGUCAUCACGCUCCGACUUCAUUUUCGCAUGAUAGCAGUACAAAUCACGGUCCUAUAAGGAAUACAGAUGAUCAACUUAUGCUAAAGAAGCCGCAAAGCGCCCCUUAUGCUACAAACACCUCUAAACCCGUAGUGAAAGUGGGAGACGGGAAUAAUUCAGGAUAUAUAUCGAUUGCAGACCUCACUAUUUACACUCCAAAGUGGAGUAUUCGUGCAAGAGUGUUAAACAAAACACAUAUAAAGAAGUUCAAUAAUCAAUGGGGAGAAGGACAACUGUUUUCUGUGGAUCUAUGCGACAAUAGUGGUGAUAUACGUGCAACGUUGUUUGGCGAAGCUGUCACCAAGUGGUACAAUUUUAUAGAAGAGGGACAGGUUUAUAGCAUUAGUGGUGGCCAGCUGAGACCAGCAAAUAAAAAGUUCAACAGUCUCAGUCACGCUUGUGAAAUGUCACUCGAUGAGAAUUCACAGAUAUUGCUGGAUAGAGAUGAUCAGUCGAUACCACUGAUUCGUUGCAAUUUCGUACCCAUUAAGCAAGUUGAACGCUUGUCUUCAGGUGAUAUAAUUGACGUUAUCGGUGUCGUUGCACGAUUCAAUGAUAUAAAAUCAUAUCAAAGCAAGAGUACUGGUACUACUUCUGAUAAGAGAGAAAUAUUGUUAUGUGACAGCAGUGGAUCUAGCGUAUGGGUUACGCUUUGGAAUAAGAAGGUCCAACAAUUUCUUACUAGCGAACUCGAAACUCAUCCUAUCAUAGCAAUGAAAGGUGUGAGAGUCAAUGAGUGGCAAGGUAAGAAGUUGGACACCAUAGGCACAACCCAUAUUACAAUUAAUCCCGCUGUUCCGGAAGUUGCAAAACUAAAAAAUUGGUGGGCAACAGAAGGAUCACAAAUGCAGUUUGAUGCGGGAAGAUCAUCGAUUGACAAUAAUAUUGAAGAUAUUAUAUCCAUAGGCGCACUUACACAAGCUGCAAACCAGGCUUAUCAAUUCAAAGCAUUGGGUGAUAGCGGUAUCACAUUCACUGCCCGUGGCAUGGUGGAAGUUAUUAGGGAAAAUACAUUUUCGUGGCCUGCUUGUAUUGAAUGCCAAAGGAAAAUGGUAAACGAAUUAGGUCAAUGGGUAUGUUCAAGAUGCAAGUGCACACGACAGCCGAGACACACUUAUAUACUUUCAAUGAAAAUAUCGGAUGACACGGGACAUCUAUGGGCUACUGCAUCAAGUAUCGUUGGUGACGAAAUAAUGAACGGAAUACCAGCUGCUGAAGUGUUAGCGUUAGCUGGGAAUAAUGAUAUAAAUGUAGAUGGAAAAAAUUUCAUGAAUAUAUUCGAAGAAGCACGACUAACGGAGUAUAUCUUCAAAAUAAAGGUUUACACCGAAACGUACAUGGAUGAACCCAGAAUCAAAUAUCGCGUCACUAAAGCUAUAAAAUUGAGAAGAUGUUUAGACACAGUCAUCAAAUGUCUAAUAAAAGAAAUUGAUGGAAUGAUGUUGUGAUCCACGGUGUGUAAAAGGACAAGUUAAAUUAUCGU